AAUAUCUCAAGCUGUCGCGCUUAUCUAGGUUUCGGCCGGUUACUUUCGAUCUACGCAUCAUCCUGGAAGGAUGUCUUCCGGAACACGCCGACUUCGAAUCAAUUCAACAGAUACCAGGGCCCCGCCGACGAAGCCUCCCGCCACGUCAGGCCGCGCUCCAGCCACGCGACCAGCUCCAGCUCCAGCAGCAGCAGCUCCACCACCAACGACACAGACAACGUCGUCGUCGACAAACACCAUGGAUACGCCCAGAACGAAGACGAGGAUGUUCGCCGACGACACCGCGUUCUGGACGUCCCACCGAGACCCCGAACGAGCCACCUCCAUCAUCCAGGAAGCACUCCGGCGAUACGAAACAUGGGCCAACAACUGACGAGUCAAACCCAACCCCUUAAAAUCCCAAUCCAUCUGCAUGACAUAUCCCGGUGCCACCUCGAAACGCCACAAAUUUAGACAAACGCGACUAACAUUGCAUGCCGAACAAAUCCCAAAAUGCAAGGCAAUUGGAUACUUGGCAUAACCUUCUCUGACAACUGCUCCCUAGUUCCCGACCUUGAAAAUUCAAUUGGAAGAGAAAACUCGGUUACAGGACGAAAACGGGCUUUGCAUGGAGAAAAGAAGAAAGCUGGUAACAGCAUCCAACUUGGCCAAAAUUUGCAAAAGAAAAAAAAAUCGG